UCCGGUUUACUCCACAUCUUGGACAAAAAGGGAAUUUAAUUAAACGAUGUUGUGAGUAUCUCUGUGGGAUUCAGACAACACUUGAAGCCACGAACUCAGUGCAGUUUAUAAUUAUGAGGCCUAAAAUGGUAAGAAAUUUGACCGGAAGGUAAACAGGAACAGCACGCGCGGGUGAGGCCAUCUGCGCAUGUGCGUUCGCCAUUUGCUCUGAGGUGAAAACCCACGUGUUUGUGUUGAGAGGGUGACAUUAACAGGAAAAGUAUUCCGCGUUGGGCUUGGUGUGUUUUGGGAGCAUUUUGAAGCGGAGAUGCCGAAGCUGAAGCGGAGUAAAGCGGAGCGGGUCCGGGGCCCGGGGCCUCUGGCGGAUCAGAUCCUGCAGGGAGACACAGCUCUCCGCGCCACACACACACACAAGAAGCGCAGAGAGGAAGCUCAGGAGGUGGAGGAGGAGUAUGUGGAUGAGAAACUGUCCCGCAGAAUCCUCCAGCAGGCCCGCAUUCAGCAGGAGGAGCUGCAGGGGGAGCAUGGCCUGAGGCCCCAGGUGGACAAGAAGAAGAACAAGAAACAGCCUUUUGCACUGCUGGGUCCGAGCAGUCAGGACCCCGAGUCGGAUGAGGAAUGGCCCGCUCUCGGAGCAGAGCAGGGAGAAGGUGGUACGGAGGUGGAGGUUGAUUUGGAGGAUGAGAAGGCCAUCAACAUGUUCAUGAACAAGAACCCACCUGUCAGGCGUACUUUAGCUGACAUUAUCAUGGAAAAGAUCACGGAGAAGCAGACAGAGGUGGGCACGGUGAUGUCGGAGGUUUCAGGGCGACCUAUGCCUCAGCUCGACCCCCGGGUUAUCGAGGUGUACAGAGGAGUAAGUAAGGUUCUGUGCAAGUACCGCAGUGGGAAACUGCCCAAAGCGUUUAAGAUCAUCCCGGCACUGUCCAACUGGGAGCAGGUCCUCUACCUCACCGAGCCCGAGACAUGGAGUGCAGCGGCGAUGUAUCAGGCCACACGGAUUUUUGCGUCGAACCUGAAGGAGCGAAUGGCUCAGCGCUUCUAUAACCUUGUGCUGCUGCCGCGGAUCAGAGAUGACAUUGCUGAGUACAAGAGGCUGAACUUCCACCUGUACAGUGCUCUAAAAAAAGCUCUGUUUAAACCCGGGGCCUGGUUUAAAGGAAUCCUGAUCCCGCUGUGUGAGUCGGGAACCUGCACUCUGAGGGAGGCCAUCAUCAUCGGCAGCAUCCUCACCAAGUGCUCGAUCCCUGUACUGCACUCCAGCGCCGCCAUGCUGAAACUGGCUGAAAUGGAGUACAAUGGCGCAAACAGCAUCUUUCUUCGGCUGCUGCUGGAUAAGAAGUAUGCACUGCCAUUCCGUGUGCUGGACGCACUGGUCGCUCACUUCCUGUCGUUCCGAACAGAACAGCGUGUUCUUCCUGUGCUGUGGCAUCAGAGUCUGCUCACACUGGUGCAGCGCUACAAGGCCGACCUCGCCUCUGAACAGAAGGGGGCGCUGCUGGAGCUGCUGAAGGUCCAAGCACACGUGCAGAUAUCAGCUGAAAUCAGGCGUGAGCUUCAGAAUGCAGAGGCACGAGAUCAGGAAGAUGCCACAUCUACCAUGGCAAUGGACUGAAAAACCCCGGACUCUCCAAUUAGGGCUUUAAAUAUUCACUGUUCUCACCCUGCGGGAGAGUUUAAAGGUUCACUGAGCACAAAUUCCCGUGACUGCUGGGUAACAUAUUAAUAAACCUAGUUAUUACAGUGUAAUGUCAGGGGAAGAUAAAAGACUGAUGGAAAACGAGAAGUCAUGUCGUUCAGAAGAAAUGUGUCGGUUUCUGCAUACAGUUGAGAUAUUGCUUAGCGCACCUUUAAUUCUCUUAUCAUCUCUUUAUCAUCCAACCAAAUGUAAAAGAAACACUUUCUUCAGUGAGAGUGUUUAGUCACCAGAUAAUGUGGCAGUGCUUUUAUUAACCGGAUGGCUAAUCUCUAAAACACACACACACGGCCUGCAUGGACCGUACUGAAGCCAGAGAACACACACUUCAUCUGUAACUCUGAAAUUUGUAAUAAAUUAAGGACUAUAAAAAAUGUCUUUCUUUAUAUGUAAA